AAAAAGGAAGAAAAAAUUUGAGAAAAUCCCAGAGAAAAGGGAAAUGGGAGAGGAAGGAAACGCUUUGAUGAACUAAUUACCAUUGUUCCAGGAGAAACUGCAACAAUCUCCCACCGAAAUUGAAUUGAGAUUUUGAAUUUGUUUACGAUGAACUUGAGCGAGAGAGAGAGAGAUACAGUGGCAGACUGAGAGUAACUUCUGAAACGAGGAAUUAGGGUUUUUUCUUUCUCUCCCUCUGCGAUAAUCUGGGCUUCGUCAAUCUCUGUUCAUCUUGACCUAAUCGAACUCGCGUUGCUUCUGAUUUCAAGCUUCAGUUUCCUGAAAUUUCUUCUUUCUUUUUGGUUCGCGGUGGCUUCGGAAGCUGUAAACUGAUCUCGUCAGUGAAGGUAGAAAUCUGCGUUUUAGAGAAUGGAAGAAUCAAUCGGAUCUGAAGGCUUACAGUUUAAGUGGGGUAAAAAAAAAAGUGUUGGUGGGAAAAAGAAAGAUGUCCAGUUCUAUGAAUCAUUCACCUAUGACGGCGAUGAAUACCAUCUUUAUGACUGUGUCUUAGUUGGCAAUGCCAGUGAACCAGAAUCUACUGAACCCUUCAUUGGCAUGAUCAUUAAAAUUUGGGAACACGCUAAUAAGCAUAUCCCAAGGAAAGUCAAGCUUCUCUGGUUUUUUAAACCGUCGGAGAUUUUGCCAUAUCUUGAAGAAGUCCCAGAUGCACUUGCCAAUGAACUGUUUUUGGGAUCGGGGGAAGGUCUCGGCCUUGCUAAUAUCAACCAAUUGGAAGCAAUCGGUGGAAAAUGCUCUGUUCUAUGCAUUUCAAAGGACAAAAGAAACCCACAACCCUCGGAUGAAGAAAUCAAUUCAGCCGACUUCGUGUUUCGUCGAGCAUUUGAUGUCGGAAGUUGCAAAGUUGUGGAUACGAUAGAUGAUAAAAUUGCUGGAGUUGAUGUGAAAUUUAUCUUUAACAGAGCGUGUUGUGAGAAAGAAGCAACUGCUGUGCAGAAAAUUGAAGUAUAUGGGAAUUCAGAUAGUUUGAAACCAAAUGGUCCUUUAGCUAGUGGUUCAGAUAGGAAAAUUGAAGACAACUUAUUUGAAUCUUCUGACUGUAAAGAAAGCAGUAAUGGUUGCAAACAAGAGAAAGAAAAAGGUAAUCAACUGGCUACACAAAGAUCUACGCUUGCAGAAGAAAGGUCUAGCAAGGAUUCUGGCUCUAGGGGAAAUCAUUGUGAUGGUAAAGCUCAAGAAAGUGAAGUUAAAAAACAGUUGACUAAACAAAAAUCUAUGCCUGCAAAAGCAAGAUAUAGUAACUCUUGUGAAGCUUCUGGCUCCAGGAUAAUAUAUUCCACUUCCAAGAAAGCUCAAGUAAAUGAUGUUAGAAAACAGUUGACUAAACAGAAAUCUAUGCCCGCUGAAGAAAGAUAUGGUAAAGAGUCGAAUGGAUUGGAUCAUAGGCCUCUGAAGAAACAGAAAUUAGAUGGUUCAGUUACAGUUCCAGAUGGACGGAAUACAACCAUUUUGCAGCAUAUCACUUCUGAUGGUAAAAAGGAUACAGCAUCUUUUAAGAGACCUCGAGACAAAGUGACUAUAGCUGAAGUCCCUCCCCAGAAGCCCAGCUUUGUUAAGAAGCGAGAUCUGGGAGUGUCAGUAUCUGAAGAAAAAUAUACAAAGACUGUAACUGAAAAAGGUUUAUCCAAGAAAUCCAGCUUUGGACGUGCUGAGGACAAGAUGUUGGCAGAUGAUAAUGAAAGAAAUUAUCAAGUAACUGAAGUGAGCCGAAGGCCGGAGGCUGGAAAGAUUAAAUGGUUUCGGAAUCUUCCUUGGGAAGAAAGUAUGAGGGAAGCAGAAAAAAAAGGGACUGUGGUACUUCUUCGAAACUUGGAUCCCACUUAUACAUCUGAUGAAGUGGAGGAUAUAGUCUAUUCUGCUUUGAACGAGCAAUGCGAAGCAAGGAUGAUAGAGCGUACAUCGGUCACAAUUCCUCAUAUUGGUGAAGCUUUGGUCAUUUUUAAAACAAGAGAAGAAGCAGAAAGGGUGAUUAGAAAACUAGAUGAGGGAUGCUUGUUGCUAUCAAAUGGGAGGUCCCUUGUUGCUUCUUUUGCAAAGAUUACUCCACUAGGGAAGCCGCCAGCAUUCUCCGGCCAUAUUAAACUACACAAAACUCAAACGCGACGAGAGAUGAGAGAUGCCGUGGCUACAUCACACUGUUCUCAGCCGAACAACCUUGAAUUUGACAUGGCCAUGGAAUGGUGCUUGCACCAAGCUAGACAUGAGCAGGCGUCUGAAAGUGUAUCUAAGCGGCAAUUGGAGGAGAUUAAGGCGCUGCGGAUUAACUUCAAGCCUAAACUUGCUUAGUUUCAGAAUUUGAGUCUUUCUCGUACAGAAAUAUCACCAACUGUAGAUUAGGAGGAAGAACACAAGCACUCUUUUGGCCUCUAAAGACGGUCACUAAAAAUUUUGUGGAAUCGUACUAACAAAUUUCAUGGCAUCGAAGACACCAACUUGUACUCGGUUUAGGAAGAACUUACUGAUGCGGCUUCUGGUCUCAAUCGGAUGACCCUUUUGUAAAUAAAUAUUCUUUUGAAGGUCACUUUCUUCCAUGAAACGCUACUAAAGUCUUUUUUGUUGAUCAGAAAAGGUUCAAGAGAGUUAUUGUGUGACUUGUAGAAUCCAUUUUCUCUGUGACUAGUAGGGGUUUUACACAAGUUCUUUUCUUAUUUUUUUGGACGCAAACAAACAAGUUGUUAAAUGACCAUUUGAGUUUUGAGCUCUGAAAAAAAGAGUUUCGACUCCUUCUAUCCCA